UCAUAACUUCACAGACAGUACUUCCGUCAUUAUCGGCUGAGAGCGCAUCGACCAUUAAAUAAGGGGUUUUUUAAUUUUGAUUUUUUUUAGUGAAAGAAAUAAAAAAAUUUCAUAGCCCACCUGGAUUUACUCUGUAAAAGCAGACAUCCGAUUCAAAAUGAUGGAGCUUGAGCUGCCUAAAGUGCCCCCGAGUCAACAGGAUAUGGAUCUGAUUGAUAUCCUGUGGAGGCAGGAUAUUGACCUAGGAGCAGGCAGAGAGGUGUUCGACGUAAGCUACAGGCAGAAGAAGGUGCAGCUGCAGCGGCAGAAGGAGCUGGAGGAGGAAAAGAGGCAGCAGAUAGUGAGGGAGCAGGAGAAGGCACUUCUUGCCCAGCUACAGCUUGAUGAGGAGACUGGAGAGUUUGUGCCUCGGCUCACGCCUACCAACAACACGUUGACGCAGGCUAACACUGUGCCUGCUGAGAUCACGCAGAAUGUUGAUUUCACGGAGGAGAAUGGAGAUGCCAUGUCAUUUGACGAGUGCAUGCAACUGCUGGCAGAGACGUUUCCUCUAGUGGAGCCAGCAGAGCAUGCUCCUCCUUGUCUGGAUCCCUCCAUUCCUCCCUGCACAGAUAACAGCCAGCUCAUGAUGCCUGGAGAAAUACCCAUGCUUACCCAGAAUCCCUUGAUGCCAGGACCCAUGGACCAAACCUGGAUGGAUCUCCAACACUGCCUGAACAUUCAGGAGAUCCUGGAUAUGUCAGGAUACGUAAACACACCCCAGCCUGCCAAUGUCUCGGAGUCCAACUACAGCCAGUAUCUGCCUAAAUUAAGUGAUGUCACCACUGGCACUGAAGACAUGUGCCCUCCCGAGUUCAUGAAUACGUACGAUGGGGCUUACAGCAAUGUUAAUCAGAUGAGCCUGAAAACCCCAGAGAUAAACAAAAGCUUUGAACCAGACGAAUUCUGCGACAUAUUCUACCCAGAUUUGGAGGCCAAAGUGAACAGUGCAUCGCUUCCUUGUGAAGGAGGAAAGACAGAUGGGCAGCUGGAUGAGCUCCCAGAUGUUCCUUUGCUAAAACCCAUGGACCUGCAUAGCCUGUCUCCUGGAGACUUUAGCACAGAAAAAGCUGAAGACAUUGCUGAAUUUCCAGAUUCGGAUUCCGGUUUAUCCCUUGAUGCCAGUCCGAAAAUGAGCUCUCCUGGAAAGUCCCUGCAUGGUGACGGCUCUGCUGGAUUCAGUGACUCAGACAUGGACGAGAUGGAGAGUGGUCCUGGUAGCAUGGAUUCUGAUUACGCAGAGAUGUUUCCCCUGCUUUUCCAGAGUGAUGGCAAUCAACAGUCUUUUCUAGAGCAAUCCAGCUUUACUGCGACACAAGAAAAGAAUGUUACACAACCAAAGAUGGAGGAGGCAGAGGCAAGUGGGCAUUCCAAGGCACCCUUCACCAAAGACAAGCAGAGAAAGCGCUUAGAGGCACGGCUCUCGCGUGACGAGGAGAGAGCAAGAGCCUUGCAGAUCCCAUUCACUGUGGACCUGAUCAUCAACCUGCCAGUGGAUGACUUUAACGAGAUGAUGGCCAAGCACCAGUUAAACGAGGCACAGCUUGCACUCGUGCGUGACAUUCGCCGGCGUGGCAAGAACAAAGUGGCAGCGCAAAACUGCCGCAAGCGCAAAAUGGAGAAUAUCAUGGGCCUGGAGUACGAACUGGACUCGCUAAAGGAGGAGAAGGAGCGUCUAAAGAAGGAAAAGAGCAAAAACAGCAGCAGUCUGAAGGAGAUGAAGCAGCAGCUCAGUUCGCUGUACCUGGAGGUGUUUAGCAUGUUAAAAGAUGAGCAAGGAAAGCCCUAUUCCCCUAACGACUACUCCCUACAGCAGACAUCAGAUGGCAGUGUCUUCCUUGUCCCUCGCAUUAAAAAGACUCUUGUUAAGAGCAACUAGCACUUUUUCUGCUUUUUCUCUUUCUUGGUACUACAUAAUUCUCUAGCUAAGUACUAUGCAAAAGAAGAAAAAAAAAACUUUAUAGGCAUUUUUUGCUUAAUCUUUAGCAGCAAAGAUGGCAGAACUAUUAUAUAGUUUUUGCUUUAUUCUACUUUCUUAAUAUUCUUAAUAUCUCCUAUAUUUUGUACUUCUUUAUAUUUUAUCUGAGAAUGUUUUAUCUUAAUGGUUUGUAAAUACAUUUAUACUUUUAUUUGCUAUUGGAAUAUCAAACAACAUACUGUAUUGUACCGUUUUAGAAUGCUACUAAUUGUGUUGUGAUCACUGGCACUCAGAAAGUCUGUUUUUAUAUCUUAAUUUAAAAUUCUCUUGCAAUGUUAUCUCUUAGAGCUUUAUAAAAAAAGAAAAGAAAAAAAUAAACCAUUCGUUUUACUUGAA